CACCGGAAACCACGUGGUUCAGCUGGCCACACGCGCAUGCAGAUGCACGAAUGACUUCCUUUUACUAGCGUGUAGUUUUAAUCGUAGCAGAAAGUUAUCUCCUUCAUUAAGAACAUGUCGGGGAAACCGGAGUUUAAAAUCAACUCACAGUUCGCACAGAAAUAUGAGAAAUACCGACAAAAAGAGGAGCUACAGAGACUGAAGGACCGAUAUGGAGACCAAGCAGAUGAGAGUGACUCUGGGUCGUCUGAGUCCAGCUCUGGGGACAGUGAAGUGGAGCUGGACCCUGAAGUGGAGAGAGAUUUUUACAGAACAUUGUCACUGCUGAAGAAGAAGGACCCCAAGAUCUACCAGACAGACACGAAGUUCUACUCCGAAGGAGCAUCCACCCGUGAUGAGAAGCCUUCGACCUCGAAAGCGGUAAAGCCCAUGUACCUCAAGGACUAUGAACGUAAAGUCAUACUGGAAAAGGAGGGCAAAUAUGAGGAUGAUGAUGACAGUGAUGAGGAGGAGGCUGCCAAGAGAAUGGAGAGAGCUGCCUCUCCCAGCUAUAUUCAGGAGCAACGGGAGCUGAGAGAGAGCUUCCGUAAAUUCAUCCAGGACAGCGACGAUGACGAUGGCGAGGGCAGCGAGGGAGACGUACAAUCAGAGCUGCUGACCAGAAGGAUCAAAACACAGGAUGAGAAGGACAAAGAAGAGGCAGACUUUGUGGAGUGGCUGAAAGGCCAGACUGACCUCGAGGGUCCGGAGGAGGUGAAGGACAUGAAAUACUUAAGGGACUACUGGAAUGACCCAGAGUUGGAUGAGAAGGAGCGUUUCCUCAGAGACUACAUGCUCAACAAAGGCUACCUAGAUGAAAAUGACGUUAAUGAUGAGCGGAUCCCGACCUACGAAGAGGUGGUGCAGGAUGAUGUGGACGAUUCCGAAGAGGAAGGGGAGACUUUCUUGGAGCGCCAGGAGGACUUUGAGAGAAACUACAAUUUCCGCUUUGAAGAGCCCGACGCUCAGCAGAUCAAAACCUACCCCCGCAGCAUCGCCACCUCCGUGCGCUCCAAAGACGACAGCAGGAAACGCAAAAGGGAGGAAGUGAAAGAAAGGAAGGACAAGGAGAAAGAGCAGAAGCAGGAGCAGCUGAAGCAGCUGAAGAACUUGAAGCGAAAUGAGAUCAUGGAGAAGCUAAAGAAGCUUCAGGAGCUGACGGGCAAUGAGCAGCUCGCCUUUAGUCAGACUGACCUCGAGGGAGAAUUUGAUCCACAACAACACGACCAGCUCAUGCAGAAAUUCUUUGGAGAUGAAUACUACGGAGGAGAAGAAGAGGGGAAACCUCAGUUUGAUAAUGAUGAAGAACUUGAGGAGCACUGGAACUGGGACACAUGGACUGGAGAGGAACGAGUGGAGGACUGCGGUGAAGAAGAGGAGUAUGACGCCUCCGGACCCCACUGCGAAGAUGAGAACUUCAUUAUGGAUGCAGACUACGACCCCAACCAGCAGACCGCCUCCAAGAAGAAGAAGCAAAAGGAGAGGAAGAAGAUGAAGAAGGAGGACUUGCCCCAAAUGGGCAAAAAGAGAAAAAAGUCUCACUUUGCAGAAGUCAUCACUAAAAACAAGCCUGUGUUUGACCCACAGGAGAAAAGUUUUGAGCAGUAUUUGGAUGAGUACUAUAAGCUGGACUAUGAGGACAUCAUAGACGACCUCCCGUGCAGGUUCCGCUACAGGCAGGUGCUGGCCAAUGACUUCGGCCUGAGCACUGAUGAGAUUUUACAUGCUAACGAUAAGGAGCUGAACCAGUGGUGCUCUCUGAAGAAGACGUGCAUGUUCAGGUCUGACAAGGAAGAGUCGAGUGAUUUAUAUAACUAUAAAAUCAAGGCCCAGAAUGAAAAGAGGAAGAAAGAAAUACUGAGCUCUGUGUAUUCUGAGGAAGAUAAAGAGCUGGUAGAGGCUAAGGGCAAGGUGGGCAAGAAACGACAAGAUCGUUUGAAGGACGCUGAGAAGCAAGACUGCACAGCAGAGGACAAUGAGGCAGCCUCCAUCAUGGACUCUACAAAAGAGACGCUGGCCCAAGCUCUCAGAGAGGCAGGAGAAGAGGAAGAGAUUCUGAUUCCCAAGAACGAGGGGAAACGGGAAGAAGAGCCCCAGACAGUGGUCCCUGCUGUUAAGGUGGAAAACAGGACUGAGAGGCCGAAAUGGUCCAAAAUAAAGCAAAAGCCCUCCGGUGGACGCCAGGUGUCAGGAACACAGGGGGUGAAAAUAGGAGGCCGGGAGUUCAGUGGACAGAGGCUGAAGGCCUAUGGGCUGAACCCCAAGAGACUGUUCUUCAGACAGCUCGGCAGACAGAAACGGAAAGCGCAGGAGAAGCAGGAGAAGCAGGAGAAGCAGGAGAAGCAGGAGAAGAAGGAGAAGCAGAACAACGUGUGAGACAACUGUCGACAGAACAAUACAAUUAUAUUUUUAUUCUCAAAGAAUUAAAUUCCAUAAUGAGAAAUUGGUUCUUGUUUUUCACCCUCAAACUGACUUUAUUUGAAAAUGUUUCAAUAGUGGCUAUACAUUUAGAAAGUUUACCUAAUUGUUUAUAUUUGCAGAUGAGUAGACAAUAUAUGGUUAUGUUGACAUUAAUCUUUCUCUUGCUACAUUCCUAUUGUGGUUAGAUAACUAUUAACAUGCAGAUGAAGUUUGUCAUUUCUGACUAAGUUUAAAAAUAAAAGAAAAUUAAUGCUGA